AUGGACCAGCAGGAGCUGGAGCUCCUCCAAAUAAAGGAGGAAAAUGAAAGAAUCUGGGCCAGCCAGGAUGGAGAGCAACUGAAUGUGAAGAAGGAGACUGAUAAUACCAGGUUUCCAGUAACUGUUGUUGAUAUGAAGAGUGAAGAGGAUGAAGAGAAACCUCUGUUCUCUCAGCUUCAUCAACAGCAAACAGAAGACAGAGAUCUUCUAAGCAGCAGCUCAGGUGACCAGAUAAAAGCAGAAAUUAAAGUAGAGGACUGUUGGACAGCAGAAUCCAGCAGGAACCCAGAUCUAAAUACUCAGGGAGGCUCUUCCAACUAUUCAAAGACUAAACACUCUGAAGAUGAUGAUGAUGAUUUCCGACUUCCGAGGUUCCGCAGCAUUUAUCCUUUGUUUCCUGUUCGUCAGCAGCCCAGAAGCGGGAGUGUUGAUAAAGCUGUAAGAGAGCUGCAGCAGCAGCAGUUGAUGAACUCUGGAAAGAAGUCCAGCAGCUUGAGGAACAUCUGGUCAAAGAAACUGGAGGGAAGCAGGAGCUCAAACAGCGGCAGGACGCAGCAGAGGAAGAGACACCAGAUGAUGGAUGAUGUUUUCCAGCCCAGAUUAGUGCUGCCAGCAGAUGUUAAAGAAGAGGCUCCUGAAGAACAGAGUCCUGAUGUGGAUCAGCAGGAGCCAGAGCCCCUCCAGAUAAAGGAGGAACAGGAGGAACUCUGGACCAGUCAGGAAGGAGAGCAGCUCACUGUGAAGGAGGAGACUGAUACCAGGUUUCCAUUAACUGCAGCUCCUAUCAAGAAUGUUAAAGAAGAGGCUUCUGAAGAACAGAGUCCUGAUAUGGACCAGCAGGAGCUGGAGCUCCUCCACACAAGGGAAGAAAGUGAAAGAAUCUGGGCCAGCCAGGAUGGAGAGCAACUGAAUGUGAAAAAGGAGACUGAUGAUACCAGGUUUCGAUUAACUGUUCUUCAUAUGAAGAGUGAAGAGGAUGAAGAGAAACCUCUGCUCUCUCAGCUUCAUCAACAGCAAACAGAAGACAGAGAUCUUCCAAGAAGCAUCUCAACUGACCAGAUAAAAGCAGAAAUUAAAGAAGAGGACUGUGGGACAGCAGAAUCCAGCAGGAACCCAGAUCUAAAUACUGAUGGAGGCACUUUCGACUAUUCAAAGACUAAAGACUGUGAAGAUGAUGAAGAGGAUGAUGAUGUGAAGCAUCAUGAAUCUGAGCUUAAACACUUGUCAGACUCUGAAACUGAAGACGGGAGAGAUGACUGAAUCGCCAGGCGGAAAGAGAGAUGUGGAGUCUGGGAGCACUGCACCGGAGAUGUCUUGAGGAGAUGAACCCUGGAGAACCGUUUACCUGAUUUGUCUUUAAUCCCUUGGAUUUCCAAAGAUUUCUGGUCCAUUUGCACCAUCUCCUUGUCCUCCAGCAAUCUUCAAACCCACUCCAAGCUCUCCAUAACUCCCCAGAAGAACCUCGUCCAAGGUUUUUCCUUGUAGCUCCUCCCACUUGUGACUGUCCUCUUCUCACCUGCUCUCCAACGUACCACCUGUCAAACUCUGGCACAACGGCAUUCUCCUCCAGAAGAAACAACAACACUCACCUCUGAACCAACCAGAUGUCCUACUCUGCUCCUCUGCUUCUCCUAAAAUCUGGUUCCUUUGUCCGAGCUACCGCACCCUGAUGGCGGUUAGACUCCGAGGCGUCGGAAACUGUGUGUCCAGUCCAAGAUCUGAGAGGAACUGACAGGAAGCAGCUAAAGUGAUGAUGUGAACGCCUCAACACACCUCAUACACCUCAGCUGACAGAGACGACAUCUUUCUUUUAGAGGAUAGAGGACCUGUGGAGGAGGAGGAAAUGACGAAGAGGAUGCAGGUGGUGGAGAGGUUUCAGACGGCUCCUUCUGAGGAAAUAGCAGCUCUCUGUGGAUCCAGGACCUCAUUGCUUCAGUCCAAACUAGAUCAGGUCUUUGAUCUGAUUGUUCGUCCUCCUCCGUCUCCAUCUGGACAAUCGUCUCGUCGUUGGACGCCGAUCUAUGAGAUGAAGUUUCCUGACCUCUGUGUGUAUUAGAGACUCAACAGGAUGACCUGGAUCAUUAUGAAGCAUCUGAUGUUGUGUUCAAGGAACAGAGGACAGAACAACUGAGGACUGGAAACAUGUAACAUGAGUCAUGUUUUGUGUUCAUAGAAGAAGUUUUUCUCAGUGGCUGUUUUGUUCCUCUGAGAAAGAUUUAGUUUUGUGUUGAUCUCAGUAUUUCCCAGUUUUAUGUUUCAUUUUGUUGUGAUUCUUGAAGUGUGAUUGUCAAAAAGAAAACUUUAUUUUAAAUCAUGUUGAACUAAUUUAACUUUAACUGUCCUUUUAUUUGGUUUUGUCCCUAAACUUUAAACCAACUCUUUAUUUUCCUCUCCAGGCUGCAGUCUGCUGAUAUAAACAUGCAUCAUGCAUUCAUGUUUUUCCUGAUAAACUGUGUAAAAUAAUAUGCACUACAUGUGGCAUCCCUGCUACUUCACACUUUGAGCUUGUUAAAUGUUUGAAGCUAAAUAUUUCUAGGAUAAAAGACAUCAUCUGGCAGAUUAGCUCAGAUUGCUUCAAAACUCUUCCAUGAUGAAGAGCAUUAGUGAAAACGAAGACUGGUCAUAGUUGGAAAGUGUUUUAGCUGUGAUCAAAUAGCUCCGUCUGUUAGAGGAUCUCCUGUAGUCUGUAGGGUCGGUUCUCUGAAGGUUCCUGAGGACCAACAAGCUGACAAGGAAAUGGAUCCAUAAAAAGUUUGAGACACAAGAGAAAAAGAGCGUCGACUUGUUGGAUGGUCUCUACAACAUGAGACCAGUUUGAAGUUGAAAUGGUUCUGACUGAAGACCCAAAUAGUGUCAGACAUUAAAGACAGAUAAAGGAUUUUUAUUGCACUGUAUGAAGGCUGCAGACACCAACAAACAAUAUGUUCUGGACUGAGACAUUUUGACUGCUGGGAAUUUAUCUCACUUGGUGAGCUUGACUUUGAUUCCAAUAACUUUAAACCUGUAACUGUGUCAAACUGACCAGAUGUUCUCAAUCAAAGGUUUUCUCUCUGAAUGGAGAUAAAGAAAUGUUGGCUUAAUUCUUCAUCUGGUCAUCUGAGAGGAACAUUGCUGAUAAACUGUUGGAGAUGAUGAUCUCAGAGUGGAAAGUUUGAACCAUGUUUCAUGUAUCAUGUGUGACCUGGUAGAUCAAGGUGUUGGUUAGUAUGAACUGCAUGGGCUUCAUCUAAAACCAACUGUGUCAGGGUUUAAACGCAGCAAACUGGAGGAAGGACAGACAGGGUAUGAAACACAGAAAACAUCUGAUUCAUGGAGACACUGAUCAAGAAUGAUCAUAUCUGUGCAGCGUCCCAACUCAGUUACCUUCUGCCACAACUAAUCUGUCCACUAGAGGGAGCACAGAUACUUCCACAGGUUCUGCUUCAAACUUAAAGAUGAAAUAACUGCAUUCAGUGUUAUUUGACUACUUUGUUAAAUCUUUGAAAAAAGAAAUGUCUGUUUUUAUUUCCUUGUUUUCCUUCAAAUAGUUUUAAGAAGCAACGUCCAGCUUUCUGACUCAAUAACUCAUUUUAUUAAGAAUUGGAGGAUAAAGAAACCAAACACUGACAAACACAUUUAACACGAUUAAAACAAGAUGAAAUGCUGAAGGAAAGAA